AUGAGCCAGGCACCACCCCACUUUGUGUCGCAAGCCGAUCUGACGGAUGCGCAGAAGCGACGCGAGCGCGAGAUUCAGGAAGCAUACGCCCGAAUCGGUGAGGAGCCGCCGCCCAAGCCAGCAGAGGAGGCAUAUGACCCGCGUCCCCUAUACGAACGACUUCGCGAAGCAAGAGCUCUCCAGGACGAGCGCAUCGAGGAAAUGUUCAAGCUAAGGAACCAAUUUCGGGGCCUGGACGAGAGCGAGUCGCAGUUUCUUGCUGAUAUUGAGCUGGCACGAAAACAUCGCGAACAGGAGAAACGGCAGCAGGAUGCAAAAGAACUCGAUGAGUUUCGUCGAGCCACCGAGUCCAAAAGUAGUGCGCCACCCCCUCUGCCUGAGCGAACAGCCCUACCUACGAUCCCCAAAGCCAAGCCUCGCGCAGGCUCCAAACGCAAACGGGAACAAGCCUCCGCCCUCGGCAUCGUCCCUCGCAAGUCUACUCAACCAUCUGCAUCUGCCUCAUGUAAAAAUGAUCCCUCAUCUUGA